UUCCUUCCGCCCUCUUUUGCGUUCUACCCUGCAAUGGCGUCCGGGCUGGUGAGGCUGCUGCUGCGGCCUCGCUGCCUUCUGGCACCGGCCGCCCCCGCCCUCGCUCCGCCGGCGCGGGGAGUGAAGAAGGGCUUCCGUGCCGCCUUCCGCUUCCAGAAGGAGUUAGAGCGGUGGCGCUCGCUCCGGUGCCCGCCGCCGCCCGCGCGCCGCUCAGAAAAGCCCAACUGGGAUUACCAUGCUGAAAUACAAGCAUUUGGACAUCGGUUACAGGAAAACUUUUCCUUGGAUCUUCUCAAGACUGCCUUUGUUAAUAGCUGCUAUGUUAAAAGUGAGGAGGCCAAGCGCCAAAAGCUUGGAAUAGAGAAAGAGGCUGUUCUUCUGAAUAUUAAAGAUAAUCAAGAGCUCUCUGAACAAGGGACAUCUUUUUCACAAACGUGCCUCACACAAUUUCUUGAGGACGCGUUCCCGGACUUACCCAAUGAAGGUGUUAAAAGUCUUGUGGACUUUCUCACUGGUGAGCAGGUGGUGUACCAUGUGGCUACAAACUUGGCUGUGGAGCAGUUAACGCUAAGUGCGGAAUUUCCAGUCCCCCCGCCUGUAUUACAGCAGACGUUCUUUGCAGUAGUUGGAGCGCUGCUCCAGAGCAGUGGACCUGAGAGGACUGCCCUUUUCAUCAGGGACUUCUUAAUUACUCAAAUGACUGGAAAGGAACUCUUUGAGAUUUGGAAGAUAAAAAAUCCCAUGGGGCUGCUGGUAGAAGAACUGAAGAAAAGAAACAUUUCAGCUCCUGAAUCAAGACUUACUAGACAGUCUGGAGGCACCACAGCUUUGCCUGUGUAUUUUGUUGGCUUAUACUGUGAUAAAAAGUUGAUUGCAGAAGGGCCUGGGGAAACAGUGCUGAUUGCAGAAGAAGAAGCUGCUCGAGUGGCACUCAGAAAACUGUAUGGAUUCACUGAGAAUAGACGGCCCUGGGACUAUUCCGAGCCCAAAGAGAAUUUAAGAGCAAAGAAGACCAUUAUUGCCAGCUAACCGGCCAAAGGUAUGGCAACCUGAAAUUUGUGAGCAAAACAAUGAGACAAAUGUCAAAGAUGUUGAAAUCUGGAUAUUUUUCAAAUGGUAAAGAAAUAGUUCUUAGUCCUUAUACUGAGUUUCUAAAAUUAAAUAUUCAUCAGAUCACUUUUUAAAAUCUUUUUUAGUCAAAAGUCUUUUUUGAUGUUUUCCCAAUAAAUUUUUCCUAAUGUUCUUGAUUUUAUUAUUGUAUAUAACUUGUACAUUUAGGUGUAUUUUAUUCUCAUCUAGCACAGAGAUACCAUAAUUUGAUUGUUUUGUGUGAACCUUGCUAUAAUACCAAUAAAAAAAUUACUCUUUCUCUAAA